CUCUUCACAUUUUUCCGAGGGUUGCGCCAGGGCACCACGACGCUCGCUCGAUCGAUGGCGCCGGCCACCCGAGAAUAACAGCGACUUCCGCGGGAUCUGGCAUUGGAGUUCCUGGUUCUUGCUGGAUCUGAGCAAGCUCUCGUUUCUUGCUCUCUUCUCUUGCCAGAGGAAUGGCGAUGGAGAACAGUCCCGUCAAGAGAGGGCAAAUGCCGCCAGGAGGCGCUACCACUUUCGAUCUCUUCAGCUGGUCCGAGGGCCCGGAUUUGUCCCAGGAUCAAGCUGCCGCUCCAAGAUCGCCAUCGUAUUACGAGAGAAAUGCCGCUACCGAGAAUGGGAGUCCAGUGGGGCGUCCAACGAUUCGCAUGCAUCAGCCUGCUGGAGGGGUGAGCACACUAAAGUUUGGAGACCAGAUAACUGCUGAAGAGGCCGAGGCACUCCUCAAGAGGCGACCUGGUUCUGACACCAAGAGGAAAGAAAUGUUUGGGAGUGGGAUUCUGACUGAUGGGACCGACUCCGCCAACGGUGUUCCAGAGCGAACGGGCGUUCGUAUGCACCAGCCGGCUGGCGGUGUAAGCCAAAUCAACUUUGCUGUGGAGGAGUGCGCCUCUCCGAAGAAACUAACGGCGAUUCACGAAGUUGCCAAGCAGAAAGAGCUGAGUGGCACGUCCGAGACGUAUGCAGACAUCCAGCAGGGGCGCUCGCGCUCCAGUUUCAAAGCAAAAGAGCUCGUUGGCAGCAACAUCUUCGGCCCUCCGCCCGUGCUACCCCCGAGAUCGCUCAACAGGAAUUUGGAAGCAAGGGAAGAGCCGAAGGAAGUGAAGCCGGCGGAGGCGGCCCCUCGAAACGUGCGCACGUCUGUCAAAGUCUCGAAUCCCGCUGGUGGGCGAAGCCAGAUCCUGUUUGGCUCGGAGACGUCCGAAGUUGCGGCUAGGAAAGUUCACGACCAGAAAAUGGCUGAGCUCAGCGGCAACAACAUCUUCAAAGGCGACCCUCCCGCGUCCGCCGAGAAGCCCGUCAGCGUUGCCAAGCUCCGAGAGAUGAGUGGAAGUGACAUCUUUGCCGACGACAAGCCCGCUCCUCGCGACUGCGUUGGUGGCAUCAGAAAGCCACCGGGUGGAGAGAGCAGCAUUGCUCUCGUCUAGAACUCCAAAUCUAAGCCGUUGUCUAUGCGUGUAAAGGGACGGUGUAGAUCGAAUCAUAGUUUUCUUUAUUUUUAAGAAUUUUACCCCGCAUCUCUUUUAAACGAUCAGUGUUGUUGCCUCUUUUACUCAA